AUGCAUGGUGAACCUCCUCCCGAAAGUAUAAAGCCAGAAGCACCGUUCCAUUUUGGAGGUAAGAAUGGGCUCGAUCCUUUACUUCUCGGUUCCGUUGGAAUACUACUGUCGGCUCUUUUCUUCAUAAUCUACCGUUUGAUAAAAUUACAAUGGGAUGAAGCAGCUGCUCGUCGACGAACAGAAGCUCUUCUAGCUAUGGCAGAAGAUGAUGAAAGAGAAAAUCGCAGAGAAGCACAAAUGGCUGGUGGUCGCCGAAGAAAUGUUCGUCGACGAGUGCAGCAUGACGCUGAUGAUUUUGUCAAUGAAAUGCUCGGUCCUGCAGAUCCAGAAGCAGACGAUUCCGCUGGCGAAGGCGUCGUACCAAUGUUCGAAACCGAUGAGAAAAUCGGUAAAAGGAAAGCAGCGAAGUUGCAAGCAAAAGCAGAAAAGAAAGCCCAGAGGGAGCAGGAACUCAUCGAACGUGAAGAACGCAAGAGAAGAGAGAAAGAAAAAGAAGAGAAACUUGAGCAGGAAAGAGAAAGGGAACGCCUUGAAGAGGAAGCGGAACAAGAACGACUAAGGAAGGAGAAAGAAGAACGGGAAAAACGAGAAUUAGAGGAGUACCUGGCGCUGAAAGAGUCCUUCGCUGUGGAAGAAGAAGGAUUCGACCAACUCGAAGAAGAAGAAUCAGCUAACUUGAUGAAAGAAUUUGUGGAUUACGUAAAGAAGAGCAAGGUCGUUAACAUGGAUGAGUUAGCCGCUCACUUUGGUCUGAAAUCCGAUGAAGCUAUUUCACGACUACAUUAUUUUCUCGAUAACGGUCUCCUUGAAGGUGUUAUGGAUGACCGUGGGAAGUUUAUAUACAUCACCGAUGAGGAAUUGGAAGCUGUAGCCAAGUUCAUCAAUCAAAGAGGAAGGGUCACCAUACAUGAACUAGCUCAAUACAGCAACAAACUUAUUCGUUUGGAAGGUGAAGCGUGA